UAUUAUUUGUACAUCCCAUCUGUAUUAUUUGUUCAUCCCAUUUGUAUUAUUUGUACAUCCCAUCUGUAUUAUUUGUUCAUCCCAUUUGUAUUAUUUGUACAUCCCAUCUGUAUUAUUUGUACAUCCCAUUUGUAUUAUUUGUACAUCCCAUCUGUAUCAUUUGUUCAUCCCAUAUGUAUUAUUUGUACAUCCCAUUUGUAUUACUUGUACAUCCCAUUUGUAUCCCUAGCCCAUCCCAUGUGUAUUCCUUGCAAAUCCCAUGUGUAUCUCUUCCACAUCCCAUGUGUAUCUCUUCCAUUCCCAUGUGUAUCCUCUUCAAUCCCCAUGUGUGUCCCUGUUCCAUCCCACAUGUAUCUC